CAGCGGGCCGGGUGCGAUUCCCCCCUCCCCGCGGGAAGGCGCUGGGUGGAUAUUUUCAAGCUGAAAAGGUGGCAAAUUAAAAUGGGGGGGACUGUGAGUCAGCAGAAAAGCCAAUUAACACACUCAGGUUUUGCACUUUGAGCCGCCGCGCUCCGAGCGGGAUUACAGGAAACGGGGUCUAUUUAGUAAACCCGGUCAAUGUGGGGUGUGUGCCAAAAAAGGUGAUGUGGAACACGGCUGUCCACGCCGAGUUUGUCCACGACCACGCUGACUACGGCUUCGAGACGGCCGGCGUCAAGUUCAACUGGAGAACAAUUAAAGAGAAGCGCGACGCCUACGUGAGGCGCCUGAACGAGAUCUAUGAAAACAACGUCAAGAAGGCUCACAUCGACAUCAUCCGUGGCUACGGCAAGUUCACCGCCGAUCCCGAGCCGACCAUCGAAGUCAACGGGCAGAAGUACACGGCUCCUCACAUCCUCAUCGCCACGGGCGGGCGCCCGGCUGUCCCCUCCGACUGCGAAAUUCCCGGUGCCAGCCUGGGAAUGACCAGUGACGGCUUCUUCGAGCUGGAGGAGCUGCCCAGACGCAGCGUGGUCGUCGGCGCCGGCUACAUCGCGGUGGAGAUCGCGGGGAUCCUGUCCACGCUGGGCUCCAAGUCCUCCCUGCUGAUCCGCCAUGACAAGAAACGCCCCAGGCAUCUCAGGGCCUGGCCGGGGCGUGGGCGCAGGGAAACGCUGCUGGAUGGGGCUGACGGGCGCUACCUUCUUCAUCUGGUGGGGCUGGGGGUCCCUGCCCAGGUCCUGAGGACUUUUGACUCGUUGAUCAGCUCCAACUGCACCCAGGAGCUGGAGAACACGGGGGUGGAGGUCUGGAAGCACACCAAGGUCAAGGCGGUCACCAAGUCCCCCCAGGGGCUGCUGGAUGUGACAGUGACCUCUGCGGCGCCCGGCCGUAAGCCAACGGAGGGGACGAUCCGUGACGUGGACUGCCUGCUGUGGGCGGUGGGGCGGGAGCCCAACACCCCCGGGCUUGGCCUGGACCACGUGGGCGUGCAGGUGGAUGCCAAGGGCCACGUGGUGGUGGACGAGUACCAGAACACCACCAGGAGAGGGGUCUACGCCAUUGGGGACGUCUGCGGGAGAGCCCUCCUCACCCCCGUGGCCAUCGCGGCCGGCAGGAAGCUGGCACACCGGCUCUUCGAGGCCAAGGCGGAGUCCCGGCUGGACUACCACAACAUCCCCACCGUCGUCUUCAGCCACCCGCCCAUCGGCACUGUGGGCCUCACCGAAGAUGAAGCCGUGGCUGCACAUGGGAGGGAAAACGUGAAGAUCUACAGCACGUCCUUCACCCCCUUGUACCACGCCGUCACCCAGAGGAAGGUGAAGUGCGUCAUGAAGCUGGUGUGUGUCGGCAAGGAGGAGAAGGUGGUGGGGUUGCACAUGCAAGGGCUGGGCUGCGACGAAAUGCUGCAGGGCUUCGCCGUGGCCAUCAAGAUGGGGGCCACCAAGGCCGACUUUGACAACACGGUUGCCAUUCACCCCACUUCUGCGGAGGAGCUGGUGACGCUGCGCUGAGCCGGUGGGCGCCAGCAGCCCCGGGGAUGGCAACAGCAGCUGGGAAAAGGUUUUGUAUAUGUCUGCAGAAAAAUAAAACGCCUUGGGUUUGGUUGCCUGGAGAGCCACGUGUCUGUAGAAUCAGCACGGCUUGGUUUGGAGUGGAGAAUAAAUACAGUGAUGCUGGCGAGUCUGUGUCUAUGGCUUCAUGGUGACUGCGGAGGGGGCCAGCAUGGCCCCUCGGGUGCUUUGGGUGCUCAGAGCGGCUGUUUGGCUCUGUUGUGUCUCCAUUCCAGAUGGGAAAACACCAGUGGACACAAAGUCCCUGCCCAGCCCUCCCAACUGCGGCAGUGAGCAUUUAAAUAGCAUAUUCAGCUCCCAGGGGCUCAAGUACAAGCGAAAGCCCAAACAUGAUGGGCAGCCUCAGUUAUCUGUGUCAGGUUUAAAGAAGAAUGGUUUGCAAGGCUCAUCGCAGUCUGAAGCACUGAAGAUUUUCCCUGGGUUUGCCACAGACCGUCCUCAGGCACACGAGAGGAGGAACCGGAGGUAAUUCAAAGCUCAUCGCUCCAUUUUAAUCAUGGCGACUUCAGCCCCUCUGUUCAUAUACUGUGGUGGCAUUUGGUCAGUGGUUUUUUCUCCUUUUCAAUGACAACUUUGGCCACUUUAUUUAAGACAUAUUUUAGAGUGCUUGGGGGGUUUGUCCUGUACUUUACAGAGAAAUCGUCCAAGUGUCUGAAAAAGAGUCAGGGACACACGGGGGGGCUGAGUGACCACAGAAACUCCUUUUUUGAGGAAACAGCAAUAAAGCAGCGGAGCCCCGGAUGUCCCGGGUGUCCCGGGGGAACCAAAGGGCCGGGAGCAGACAGCGGGACCCGGGGAGACGCUGCAGUUUGGGGCCGGGGGUCCCCUGGGCGCUGGUGCCCCCGGCCCCACCGUGCGGGGUCCGGGCCCAGAGCCGGGACCGGCAGCGCCCGGUUCCUCCGCGGCAACGCGCUGCUGCGGGACGGGCGGGGGGACCGGCCCGGCCCCGGUGUCCCGGGAAUGAGGGGGACGGGUGGGGGAACCCGGGCUGCAGCAGAGCCGGGAGCUGACGGACCCUCGGCUGGGUGGGGAACGUGAGGAGGGACAGCGGGCUCGGGGCUGGGAGGUUCGUUUUGGGGCGGGGGCGGCAGCGCCAGGAGUUGUCCCAGGACGGGGAGAGUGAAGCGGGAGCACGAACCGGGGCUGCCCGGGGGUCGCUCCCGUGUGAGUCCCCCGUGUGACAGUCCCGGCCCCGCUGUCCCUGCCCGGGCUGCGGUGCCGCCGAACGGACACGAGAUGGCGCUGCGCUCUGCAGGGCCGCGCGGUGUCCGCCAGGCGGCGCCAUCCCGGGCUGCGGCGGGGGCGGGACCGAGUGAGAGGGGUCGGGACCGAGUGAGAGGGGCGGAACCGAGAUCGGAGGGGGCGUGGCCAACCCGCUCGGCCGCGCCCCGAGCGCAGCUGAGCCCGCCGCGGGGACGCGGUGGCCGGUUCUCAUUGGGUCGGUGCUGGUGCCGCGUUUGUUCGGUGCGUUCCCCUGUGUGUCUGGUUGGUGUUGGUGCCUCGGUUGUUUCACGGCAGCGCAGCCGAGCCCGCAGCGAGGACGUGCUGGACACGGACGGGGCGUGAAGGAGCUCCAGGUGCCUGCGGGCAGGUCCCGGACAGAGGCAGCGGCGGGCAAGGGUUAAAACCUACAAUGGCCUCAAUAAAGGGGUGGUGGAAAGUGGCCGCAUGUCGCCGUGGUCCUUACGGGUCCCUCUCGUCCCCAGCCCGGGGCGGGGGGGUCAGGCCGAGCCGUGCCCUGAGGUCACCCGGGCCAUCCCACACCAGCGACUGUUCCCAGACACCUUGCCCCCCCCUCCCCGAUGCGGGGACCCGGGUUCUCGCCGCCAGCUCCAGCUCCAGCCUGUGCAGCUUCAAGCCUGUUUGCGGUUCCAGCUCCUCUGCAGCUGCUUCUGGUUCCAGUUGUUCUGCAGCUCCAGCUCCAGUUCAGCUCAUUUCAGCUUGUGCUUGUUCCAUUGAGCUUGGCCUUGGGCCAGAUCGUAAAUCAAUCACUGUCACAAGCUGCCUAGGAAUAUGACACAUGAAUAAAUAUGAACCAAUUAUCUAAUAA